GUAGAGCGGAGGACUGUAGUGGGUGAAUAUCCUAGUAGCCAUCCUUAGGUCGCUGGUUCGAAUCCGGCAGGUCGGAGUUUUUAGGAUCUCCAUUAAGUUUUUAACUUCCAUCGAGCGGCCAAAAUCACCUAAUCGAAAAUCAAUCACAGCCAUAUGAUCUAAACUAGCUCUUUUGCCGAUCCACCUCCAAAAAUCAUUUUCCAUGGCUUGGCGCCUCUUCCUCUCCAAAUCCACCUCCUCCAAAACCCUAACCUCUCCUCUCCUCCAAAACCCUACCCCUAACCCCCUUCUAUCUCUCUUCUCCUCCCAUUUCUCCACAUCCUUUCUUGUCACCAAAACGCCAAAAAAACACAAGAAAAAACGCGAAAAACCAGAAUCCCCACGCACCAGGCACGUCCAGCACCCCUCCACCCGGAUUCCUCAAUUUGAAUCUCUCCUCGAACGCGACUCUUACUUUCGCUUCCUCACUAAAUCCAAACAAUUCCUCUCUCAACAACCAGAACGCAUUCUCCGCCUUGACGACGCUGGAAAGCUCCACCAAGAACUUGGUUUCCCUCGCGGCCGCAAAAUCCACCGCUUCCUCCAACGCCACCCUCUCAUUUUCCAAACUUAUCGCCACACCGAUAACAAAUUGUGGGUCGGCUUUACAGAUUUUAUGGAGGAAUUGCUGGAAGAAGAGAAGGAAAUUAUGGAUUCAAUGGAGAGUGAUCGCGUUAAUAAGGUGCGUAAGCUGUUGAUGAUGUCGAAGAAUAAAAGGAUUCCUUUGAGUAAAAUUCAUCAUUGUCGCUUAUUGCUUGGAAUUCCUGAUGAUUUUAGAGAUAGAGUCGCUAAAUAUCCUGAUUACUUUAGAAUUGUUGUUGAGAGUGAUGGGAAGAGGAUUUUAGAAUUAGUGAAUUGGGAUCCGAGUUUGGCGGUGAGUAAAUUGGAAAAGGAGUUUAUGGUUAACGAGGAGAAGGCGAAAAGGGCGUUCAAGUUUCCGGUAAAGCAUGGGAAGGAUUUGGAUUUGGAGGUGGAGGAUACGAGGAGGUUGAAUUUAUUGAAUACAUUGCCAUUGGUUUCGCCGUAUAGUGAAGGAGAGAGAUUGGAGUUAUGGAGCUUAGAGGCGGAGAAGUAUAGGGUAGGGAUUUUGCAUGAGUUUUUGAGCUUGACUUUGGAGAAGAGGGCGUCGAUACAUCAUAUUGUGGAGUUCAAGGAGGAGUUGUGCUUGACUAAACAUACGUAUGAUAUGCUUAAGAAGCAGCCCCGGACAUUUUAUCUUGCGGGGACAGAGAUGAAUUGGGUUGUGUUUUUGAAAGAUGCUUAUGAUGAGAAUGGGGGUUUGAUUGACAAGGAUUUACAGGUGAUUUUCAAUGAGAAACUGUACAAGUAUGCUCAAAUGAAGGAAGGAGAAUUGGAUUCAAGUGUAUGGAAGAGUUGACUUCAUUGGUGAAUCCUAACUUGUUCUUGAUGAUAUUGAACUUGUUCUUGAUGUCAUGGAGAGGAGAGGGUUUUUAUUGGCAGAAUAGAAAUCGUGACUCUUUUUGAGUGCUGAUAUGGAUCAAAACCGCUGUGACAUUUUUUGCACAUACGUGAAGAAAUAUGACAUCUUCCUGUUGAUCCGUGAUAAAUGUGUCUUCUGUUUGCGUCAUUCUUUUGAUAACUCUGUAUUCUGCAACCAUAUAGAGUGAAACUCUUUGCGUUUUUAUGGAA